AUGGAUAAGAAACUUCCAUCUGGGCAGAAAGGGAACAAAGGUUGGCUCAAAGGGCUUAUACUUGCAUUGCAGUGCCUACAUGGCCAUCUUGCGGAUGACGAAAAGGUCGCGAACAUAUCAAGAUGGCUGGUCGUGAGACUUUGGCCUUCGGAUGGGAACAGGCGGUGA